CAAUGGAUGAACAUGAUCUUAAUUGUUAAAGAAUCUCUGUUCUCUAAAUAGAUGGAUUACCCACCUGUUGAUGAAAAUCUAACAGAUACUACUGUUGACCAUGGGUUUUUGAGAUUUUGAUGAUUAUUUAUAUUGUUAAUCAAACUGCUAUGCAUGCAAAUCCUUGAGAAGGCUGAUAGGACAACCAUGUGCAUUUUGAUCACUGGGUUCGUGGCAACUGGGGAUCCAUCAUGUUUGAAUUCAAGCAGCAACUUGCAUUCUCAGAAGCCAUUUGAAAGGUUCUUAGAUAGAACAUUCCUAACUCAAGACUAUUUUAUGUUGGAUGGCUUUGGCAUGCUUUCCUACUUAAAUUAUAAAUGCACUGCUAAACUUAGCUACAAAGAUGUUUGAUAUAUAUAUAUAUAUAUAUAUAUAUGAACAUCUCGCAGGAGUAAUUUCCCACAUUUUCUGACUUGCAGGUUUUGUAACUAGUUUCUUGACUGAAUAAUAUCAUUGGCAUUUUUGCCUGGUCUGGCUGCUGAAGCGGUCAGUUGCUGUUACAAUUGUUUAUAGCAUUUCCAGGUUAUCUCUUUGCUAAACUACAGAUGAAUCUUUCCAAGGCAAAUACUAGCAGCACAAUGUUAAUCUGGCUGGUGGCCACUUGCCGCAGAACCUUGUGUUGCCUCUAUCUUUGUUAUGUAUUCUCCUCGAGAUCAUAGUUCAUUCAAAACCGGAAACAGAAAAAGGUAAGAGACCUAACAAGACGUAUUAUUAAUGCAUGCUGCGUUGAUACAUGGUUAGUCAUACACAAAGAUGCUUGUAGUUUGGUUAAAUUUAGCUCCUGUGUAGGUAAGAUCUAGCAAUACGACCAUUGGCUCCCUUUGGGUAGAAACCUCCAGGUACUCCCUUGUCCCCGGUUCCAUACACAAUCAUCAGAAUCUGUUCUGGGGUUCUGUCAUAUGAAAGUGAGUACUCAUUUCCAGCUAG